CCUAAUGACACAACCGGAGUUUCUUUGAUGGGAGUAACUCGUGAUUGGCUGAAUCACGACACGCAGCCAUUUGAAAUCCACGCAGCUGAACCAGGAACUACGGAGAAGAUUCUUCCCCUCUUUUAAGUGGUGAAUGAAGGAUGGGGAAAAAGGAUGCAAGUUCUGUCAAGUUGCCGGUCGAUCAGUACCGUAAACAGAUCGGAAAACAGGAUUACAAGAAAACCAAGCCGGUGCUGCGAGCCACUCGGCUGAAGGCGGAGGCGAAGAGGAGUGCUCCGGGAAUCAGGGACACCAUAUUGGUCAUUGUGGCUGUCUUGGUCUUCCUGCUAGGCAUCUAUGCAUUCUUCUACCUCAACCUGAGCACCGAGCUGGAUCUGGAUGUGGACAUGGACUGAAGGACUUUUCUCACAGAUGCCAUCUCAGAGGAUUCUGGGUGGCUGAACCCAUGAACCACUCAUUGUUUUUGUAUUAUGCAUUUCCUAUCUUUGUCCCCGUUUAUACCAGCAGAAGCUGAAAGAAGAUGAGUCUUAAAGUGCUUAGCAGCAUGAAGUUAAAAUCUCAGAGAUUUUUUUUUCUCAGUGUUUAUCCUUGAUAUCCUUUUUGAUUAUUAAUAAAGCUUCACAUGUCCCACAGCUUUGGGAUUUGAAAAACCAACUGGUUUUCCAUUUGGAUCUUUUAGUUUUAAAGAAAUAGUUCACGCAGAAAUGAAAUUUCUGUCAUCUUUAACUCACUCUCAUGUCUUUUGAAAUGCAUUUGGCUCUCUGCAUGAAACACAAAUGGAGUUAUUUACAUCACAAUUUCUAGGCUGUUGGUUUUUACACAAUAAAAUACUAGAAUUUUACUGAAUAACAACUUAAAUAUCAGUGGCAAAGCUAUCAUAUGGCUUUUGUCAGAUACUUUUGUGGUGCUUUUUGGAGUUUGACAACUCCUGGUCCAUCUUUGUUUUCACUCAACUCUUUUGUUCCACAAAAGCAAGUCGUAGAGGUUUGGAAUGACAUGAAAGUGAAUAAAUGAUGACAGAAGUUUAAUUUUUGGCUGAACUAUCCCGUUAAUCAUUUCCAUCUCACUAUUGUGUAUUAGCACAGAUGGAUUAAUUUUUAACCAAAUUGGAUGGAAUUUUAUUACAUAAUCCUUAGAAGAAGAAAAAAAUCCCCAUCCUGUGGAGAAAAAAUUGUAGAUAUUUUAGAUAAAUCAGGCAGACAAGAAGGUAUAAUGCAUUCCAUACCACAAGCACUUCUUACAGAUCUAGACAUCUCAAUGCUGGAGAUCAGAGGCAAUCUGUGAUCUUGUUUGUGUGUGUAAUGCUGACAUUCUCUGUCUCGUUUCUCGUCAUCGUGCAGCUCGUUAGCAUAUCAAACACCGCAAACUUCAGUUGUUGAAAGCCAAAAGAGCAUCAGUGAAGAUACCAAGCAUUACCACAUAGAUCUUGAUGUGCUCUCGGCUUUUGUAUGCGUGUGUGUUUGAGACCUCUUGAGAGACGUAUAGAAACAGCACUUGAAGCAUUAUCAAUCAGCGUGAGGUGCUGUUAACAUUUAGCUAGCGUGCAUCUUUUGAUCUAUCUCAGAAGAUAAAACACAUGGCCCUGCCUUGGUCUCUGACAUCCAGUGCUUCCUUUACACACUGCUGGGCCUGUGUGUUUGCGUUCGUAGGAGGAAGAGUCGUAGGGUGGAAAAUGAAAGGCUGAAGCUGAUGACAUUCAAAGUUCAUUUACAUUCUCUUUGUAUAGCACACUGGAUCUCGUACAAACGCACAGCAACGACUUAUUUCAUUCCAGGCCGUGAGAGUUGUUUUAUCUUUCCCUGCAUGAGGUAUAUGUGUCUAACUCAGGACAACCUCUUCGCUGCUCAGCCCUUAUUUUCCUGGGACGUCUGAUUGUUAUCAUUAAUUCAAGGAUUGAUGCCCUAUUGAACAAAACAUUUUUGUAGCCUGUCUUUGAUUUGGACUCGAGAGCUUUCCAAAUUCUUUCAUAGUGAGACUGAACUAAACCAAACCAAAACAAAGAGUCCCGUGUUCCUUGUUGACUGUUUUGCUAGUUUUUCUUCUCUUGUUUCUAUCAUACUUGAGAUAAAAUAAUAAACAUUGUCAAAACACAUUGAUAUUGAUAAAAGCUUAUUGUAUUCAUUUUCGAAAUCGUAUAACAAUGUUGAGCGUAUAAAUAGUAUCUGUUUCAGUGCCUUGUGGCAUUCGACUUGUUAAUGUCAAGCAAAAACACACACUACGAGACCGAAGCACAUCGCCCUGUGCACAUUUAAAGACUCAAGCUGUGUUCAGAUUCACAGGGUCCCUACGCAGUGUUUACUGCACACGUAGUAGGGAGUUUCUUUAAAGGA